UCCACCCCGUCUGGGUUGGACUCUGGGGUCACUCUUCUCUGAAGCUGCUCACUGAUCAGGAGCUGGGGAGCAGGUUUGGCACUGGGCAAGGUGGGAAAGCAGGUCAAGGCGGACAGCGACGCCCAGAUGGCAGCCCGGCUGACCCCGCUGCUGACCCUUCUGCUGCUCUUUCUAGUGGCCCGGGCUGAUGUGGAUCAUGGUAGCAGAGAGGAGGUGCAGACAAGUGAGGAUGGUACAUCAUUGACCCAGCCAAGUGGAAAGGAUGAAUCAGAGGCUGAUCCGGAUAACUCCAACGGCCACAUCACAUCCCAGAAAGUGGAACAAAAUGAAGCAACUGAAGAGGAGAUUGUAGAAGUCCACAUAAGACCAAAAGAGAAGUCAUUUGAGGAUCCUUCUACAGCACCUCCUUCAGAACCCGUCACCGAACAUCCCACAAAGCUUUCCACCAACUUCUCAACUCACCCACCAACAGAAUCCACCACCCAACCAACCACUCCAUCCCCUACAGAGCUCCCCACCCAACCAACUUCCCAGCCAACCACUCAGGCCCCUCCUGAGCCUACCUGCCUGGUUCCUGACACUUCCUGCUCUGAGAUCAAGACUCAAGAAGCAGAGAUGAUGUUGGGAGAAGCCCUGACAGAUUUCUCCCUGAAGCUUUAUCAUGCCUUCUCAUCAGUGAAGAAAAUAGACUCCAAUAUGGUCUUUUCCCCAUUCAGCAUUGCAAGCCUUCUGACCAACAUCCUAUUAGGGGCUGGAAAUACCACCAAGGGAAAUCUGGAAGACAUUCUAUCCUACCCCAGGGACUCUGACUGUGUCCACCAGGCCCUGAAGAAUCUAUCAUCCAGUGGUUUCAUCUCAGCUUCUCAGAUCUUCCACAGUCCUGACUUGAUUCUAAAGAAGAACUUUGUGAAUGCCUCCCAGACCCUGUACGGCCGCCAGCCCACGGUUCUGAGCAAUGACAGCGAGGCGAACUUGGCCUUGAUCAAUUCGUGGGUGGCCAACCAGACCAAGAACAAGAUCGUCAGCCUUCUGAAGAGCCUACCGUCAGAGACCAAGCUUGUCCUAGUCAAUACUAUCUACCUGAAGGCCAAAUGGAAGAUUACAUUUGACCCCAAAAAAACUUCCCAGGAGACCUUUUACCCCAAAUCCUCCAAGGUGAAGGUGAAGGUGCCCAUGAUGAAGAGUGAGAAGUAUCCGGUGACCCAUUUCACAGACCCCAAUUUGAAAGCCAAGGUGGGUCGUCUGCAGCUCUCCAAUGACUUGAGCCUGGUGAUCCUGCUGCCUCAGCACUUGGGCAUUCAGCUUGCUGAGGUGGAACACGGCCUCAGCAGUCCAGUCUUCAGCGCCAUCUUGGAGAAGCUAGGGAAGAGCAAGAUUCAGUCGACCCUGCUGACUAUGCCUCGACUGAAGGUGAACACCAGCCAGGACCUGCUCGAGAUCCUGGAGAAGUUGGAAUUUUUUGACUUCUCCUAUGAUCUCAACCUGUGCGGGCUGACUGAUGACCCGGAGGUCCAAGUGUCUGCUGCCCGUCACCAGACCAUGCUAGAGCUGAAUGAAGCAGGGGUGGAGGCGUCAGCAGCCUCCACCAUCUCCCUAGCCCGAACCAUGUCCAUCUUCGAGGUGAAGCAACCCUUCAUCUUCCUGCUGUGGCACCAGAAGUACAAGUUCCCUGUCUUCAUGGGGCGUGUGUAUGACCCCCACUCCUGAGUUUUGGGGGAACCACUGGGCAGGACCAGCCCCUGACACCCCACCCUUUGCUUGCACUUUCCCAGGCUGCAGAACGCCCUAGGCCAGCUCAGCCCACCUUUUCCCCUUUCCGGUCCUCAAGCAGCCAACUUUGAGGCCUGGCUAUCAUAUAGUAACUCCUCUAUACCUCACCAACUUCUUUACCCUUCCUUCCUACCUUUGAGGGCCCAUGUAAGCCCAGCUUUUACUAAUAAAAUUGUCAGGGCAGAUA